AGUGGGAUGUUUUUCUCCUGAAUACGGCCCCUUGGCACACUUGAACAUGCUUCCAAGCGACCCAGAAAUAAUUUCCACAGAAUUUUGGAUCACUGCUAGACAACAAACAGUAGGAUUCACUGUUGUACCUGCAAUGAAUGCUUCAGAAUUGGGAAGUCUUUUCGAAAAUUUCGAUCCCAGUUUACCCAUGAUCUUCAUCAUACAUGGGUUUGCGGAUGCUCCAAAUGCCACGUGGGUUGACACCUUGACAACCAGAUUGUUGUAUAGGGUGGAUGCAACCGUGGUUGUUGUGAACUGGUUUCUUGGUGCGGAUAGUUCCAACUAUUUCGUUGCUGCUCGGAAUACUGAAUUAAUUGGACGUCAGUUGGGGAAUCUCGCAGAAGCCGCCAUGUUGUUGGGUGUGUCGCCAAAAAAUAUGCACUUCAUAGGACACAGUCUUGGGAGUCACAUUGCCAAUUUUGUUGUUUACUGGCUGCGACAGGUUUCCAUUGUUGUCGAGAACUUCACUCCAAAAAGAAUCACAGCUUUGGAUCCAGCUGGUCCUUAUUUCUGCGACACUGAGUAUCAAGUGGAUACAUUUUUGGAAGCAACAGAUGCGGAAUUUGUGGAUGUGUAUCAUACUAAUCAAGGGAAAUUCAUUUAUGGCCACGUUGGUUGCGAGAAAAGUGUUGGACACGUUGAUUUCUAUCCGAAUGGGGGAUACAGUCAGCCUGGAUGCGAGAAUCCCAUUUUUGGAUUCAUCGAAGACAUGUUUUCGGAUGGUGAAGAAUCCCACGCCUCCUGCAGUCAUUUCAGAUCCGUGCACAUUUUCAGCGAAUCUCUCGUCAGGGAAGACGAGUAUUUCCGCGGGUUUCCUUGUCCGAAUCUCGUGGAAUUUCAGCACGAUUUCGUUUCCGGCGACUGCUUUUCUUGCGAACCCUCGGGGAAAUGCGGGAAAAUGGGGUUGGACGCUGAGGAAUGGGGUCGUGGGGACUUUUACCUUCUCACGUAUGGUGACACCCCUGCGGACGGAUUCAUGCAGACCCUUGGUGGCAGAAUGAUGAGGAUUUCUGUCUUGUCUUCGCCACAGGACUCUUACACAUGGGGUCAGUUUGUUGUGGAAAUUAAUGACCGGCAACUUGGACCUUUGGGACCAUUCGAAUUGAACAAGUCCAGGUCCUCCCCGGUGGAAAGCUUCUCCAAGGUUUUCACUGGGGUGUGA